ACGCCGGUGUCACAUUAUUAUUGUUCCGUAUGUUGCAACACUGGCUAACUGCAUACUGUUUAGGUAAAGUUUAUAAUGUACUGAAGAUAUUAAAAUAUUAAUAAUGCAUCUUACGCAAGUCUUAGAACUGUUUCCUGAAUACACGGUGACUCAACUGCUCUUCAAAGAUGUAAAAAAUACGACGGAGUUGAGAAAAAUGGCAGUGAAUGGAGAAAUAAAAGGCGCCUUGAUCAAUCCAUCAAUGGUUGUAGAUUCCUUCCAGAUCCUGGUGGCAGCAAAUAAAGCCGUUCACCUGCAUAAAAAUGGGAAAAUGAAAACCCGGAGCCUUUACUCGGAAAUCAUUUUUAAUCUUUCACCCACAAACAACAUUUCGGAAGCAUUCAAAAGGUUCGGGAUCUCAGACAGUGACAGUGCAGUUCAUAUUGUGUUGGUACACAAUAAAGACGAGAUUCUCAACAUCAAUGACAUCAUCUUAAAGGUGGAUGGACAACAGAUAGCCGUUGAUCGAGUGUCUGAUUUGACUGAUGUUGCCAAAAUUAAAAAGCUCUACAAAGUCGCACCACUGGAGGAAAAGUGUGGAAGUCUUUUGGAUGCUGUUGUUUGCAGGAUGGCCACUAAAGAUGUUGCUUAGCUAAUCCACUCAUUGCUAUAUUUAUAUUUUAAAUAAACCACACUGUAUAUCUAC